AUGAAAUAUGUGUCAAACUAUGGAGGCCAGAGACAGGGCAAUCAGAACUGGGGCCAGCAAACUCAGCAGCCAUACAGGCCACUUCAGCCACAGUACAACGCUGGAAACAUGGGAUGUAUGAGACCUCCCAACAAUAUGGCACCUUAUCAAAGGGCACAAGGGUACAACAAUCAGCAGCAAGGGUAUCCCCCACCUCAGCAACCACAUGGUGGAAGGCAAGAAAAUAGGUUCACGAGACUUGAAGCAAUGAUGCAGCAGGGAACAUUACCAGCAGACACCCAGAUUAAUCCAAAAGAUCAGGGCCCAAAGCAGCUGAUGGCGGUGAGUCUCCGUAAUGGCAGGGAUCUAGAUGUAGAACAAGAGAGAGCCCGGGAAAAUAUACAGGCUGAGACAUUCAUUCCAGGGCCCAUUGAGUUGGAUGAGUCUACGAUACUCACAGAAGAGACCGAGAAAGUAGCUGAGCCAGCUAAAGAGCUAGUAGUUGAAAUAGAAUCUGAUAAAGAGAAGUCCCAAGUGAUUGGGAAGAAGAGACCUCCUGCACACUUUCCACAGAGGCUGGCCAAGCAUCAAAAGGAGGAGCAGUAUAAAAAGUUCUUUGAAAUGCUCAAACAAAUCCAGACCUGUAGUGCAGUGGUGACGAGACCUAUUGCUGAAAAGCUGUCUGAUCCAGGUAGCUUUACAAUUCCAUGCACUAUUGGAAAUUUCAUCUUUGUUAAGGCGCUCUGUGAUUUAGGGGCCAACAUUAAUCUUAUGCCCCUGUCUAUCUAUAAGAGGUUGGGUAUUGGGAGAGCUAGACCCACCUCCAUACUGCUGCAGCUGGCCGACAGGACUGUGAAGCGUCCAUUCGGUAUCCUUGAUGAUGUGCUUAUUCAGGUGGGGAAAUUUGUGUUCCCGGCAGAUUUUGUGAUCUUGGAUUGCAAAGUGGAUGAAGAGAUUCCUAUAAUCUUAGGAAGACAAUUCUUGGCCAUGGGAAGAGCCCUGAUUGACUGUGAGACUGGGGAGCUCAAAAUGAGACCCAAUGACGAGAAAAUAACGUUCAAUGUGCAGAAGUCUAUGAGGCGACCAAGCGAGUUCGCCAAUUUCUCUCUUAUUGAUGUCGUGGAUGUAAUUGUAGAGUCUGAUGAUGAGGUGUUGACAAUUUAG